AUGUCUCGUCUCGUUAAGGGACCUGCUUAUGGACAAAUUCUCCAAGGCAGUAGAGUCGAGUACUCGAGUUCGUGCUUCUCCAUCGCCGACGUGUUUGGGCGAACAAAACCGUCAAUAGAGUUCUCCGGUCUCCAUCCCAGCCAGUCGAGUACGAGAGCAGCAUGGCGCCGACGCGUCGCGACACGGUCACGACCAGCCUCGCCUGCAUCGUACCGCACAGAGCUCCGUGACUUGGCCGCCGCGGGUCGUCGAGUCACGGCCUGCAUUGAGGAGAAGCUCGACCGUGGAGCGGCCGGCCAGCAUUCACGGACGAUGAUAGCUGGUUUAUUCUGCAGAGCUGAACCGAUCAUUUCCCGAGAUUUGGCAUCGGCAGUGAUGAGGCUGGGAGCUAUUGACUGCCUGCUGCAAAGCAGCCCUUUGGGGCAAUUCCCACCCGAAAUGCAUGGAGUAAUCGCACCCACACCCGACAGGGUACAAUAUCGACUCUGGGGAAUUGGCUACAGUGGGUGGCAGAAAGUGUUAGCCACCUGUCAGCUGUCAGAGCGAACAAGCAAGAGCGGGGCGCUAGCAAUUCGCCGUCCCUCCGCUAUUCACAGCCGAGAGCAUACUGUAGACGGUCAGCCGUGCUGCCUGAUCGUCACAGAAGAGAGACAAGGUAAUACCACCGACUUCGCGCGCUAUGCUCGCCGGAUCUACAGUCCAGGCGGAGCUUCAGCUCACUCGACGGAACGGGCCAUAUCCGCGGUAGUCGAGGUUACAUCCGACAGCCGCGUAAAUAGAAAUAGCAAAAGGGACUACCUCUCCGUGGCGGUACGCGCACGUUCUCGGCGAUCUUCGUCUUCCUGGCCGCUGGCAGUGGGUGGACGACCCCGCACUUCCACCAAGCACAAAGCACCGUCUCCGGGUACUUCAAGAGGUCAGACGUCAACGCAGGUCUACAGUCUGAUGCUCGCGAUGCGUUCCCCUGCAAGUUCACGAGCCCAUGCCGGCACACUGUACUCUGUACCUGUGGAGUUCUUUUCGAGAGCGUGGAAUUGGCGGCGGCGACGAUUAGCCUUUGCGAUGUUGUGCAGCCUUGCCGUUUGAGCCCUCGGCUGCCAACCACCCUGAACUGGGCGUUGGCCUUGACUGCAAUGAUUAAACACUACGUUCGACCAUCAUCCCGGCAAACCGAUCCAAGUCGGCUUGCAAUGCGCAGUGUAAACAAUUAACUGUACCCUUGACAGCAUCAUGGACGAUACUUGGCUCCGUUGCCCUUCCAUAUCAUCUCCGUUCGAAAGUCGUUCGUUACCUCCUAGUGUCGACGCCGCGCCCGAGGCUGUCGGACCAAAAACCUAUUGGAAACGUGUCGUUCGGUGCUUAGUUGGCGACGCAGAUAACCAUUGGUGGCAUCGUUGCAGAUGAUUGCACCUCGACACCGCCAGCUGGCCGUCGGUCGCCGAUACAAAUUUUCCGGGAACGCGUGACGGCGGCAUUUGAUGACAGCUGGAGGCACAAAGGAAGACUUU